AUGUCCAACCAAAUUCCCUUCUCCGAACCCCCCUGGCUCGAUGGCCUUCCCUCCCCCUACUACAAAGAAACACACCGCAAUUUUCAAAAAGCAUGCCGGGCCUUCAUCGACGAGCACCUGGCACCCUACGCCAUCGAGUGGGAGCGCGAGGAGACCGCUCCUCCUCAGCUCUUUGAGACUUUCAGAAAGCACAACAUGUUGAUCCCGAACCUGCCUGCUCCGUUGCCGGUAGAGUGGCUGCAUCGCGUGGGGAUCUAUGAUAUCUUGGGCGUGAAGGUGGAGGAGUGGGAUUACUUCCAUACGAGUAUUUAUCUGGAUGAGAUGUCACGGGUCGGGACGACUGGGCCAGGUGGAUCAAUGACAGCAGGCCACGCAUUCGGCAUCCCGCCCAUCAUCAAGUUCGGCAGCAAAGCCCUCCACGAGAAAUUCCUGCCAGAUCUGCUACCAGGCAAGAAGCGAGCUUGCAUCGCCAUCACAGAGCCCGGCGCUGGCAGCGAUGUCGCCAACAUCGCGACAACAGCGAAGAAGACCCCGGACGGGAAGCACUAUAUCAUUAAUGGCGAGAAGAAGUGGAUUACCAAUGGCUUUUGGAGUGACUAUGCGGCAAUGGCUGUAAGGACUGGUGGGAAGGGUGCGUCGGGGUUGAGUAUGAUAGUGUGUCCAUUGAAGGGAUACCCGGGUGUGACGAUGAGGAGGUUGAAGGUGCAGGGCCAGAUCGCGGCGGGAACGACGUAUAUUGAGCUGGAUGAUGUGAAGGUGCCGGUGGAGAAUUUGAUUGGUGAGGAGGGGAAGGGAAUGGGAUAUGUGAUGGUGAGUGUGCCGUUCGCAUUCUGUCUUUUGAUUGCCGGGAGUCCAGCCAGCGUGGUCGGACAUCCGUUGCUUGUCGCUCGACGACACCGAGGUUUCGGCCAACACUACUACCUAUCUGCCACGAGUACUGACCUAUUUUCUGUAGACAAACUUCAACCACGAACGCCUCACAAUCGCCUGCGGCGUCACCCGCUCCGCCCGCGUCGCCCUCUCAGCAGCCAUGGCAUACGUAAUGAAGCGCGAAGCUUCGGCAAGACCCUCGUCGAGCAGCCGGUUGUCCGACACCGCCUUGCCAAAGCUGGCGCCGAGCUCGAGAUGAUGCAAGCCUGGGUCGAGAGCUUCCUGUACAACAUGACGCAACUAUCCAAGGAAGAGGCCGAUGCACGGCUGGGCGGCCUGACUGCUCUUGCGAAGGCGAAAGCUGGUAUGGUGCUGAAUGAGUGCGCUCAGACUGCUGUUCUGUUGUUUGGCGGCAAUGGGUAUACGAGGACGGGGCAAGGUGAGAUUGCUGAGAAGAUGUAUAGGGAGGUUAUGGGUGCCAGAAUUCCUGGUGGAAGUGAGGAUGUCAUGUUGGAUCUGGCGAUUCGGCAGCUGGUCAAGAACUAUCAUCGUGAGACGGCUAAGUUGGACAGGCCGAAGGGGAGCUCUAAGUUGUAA